AUGGAUCGGCAGCAGUUAGAAAAGUUAUCUGUGAGUGAGCUACAAGAUGAAGCCAGGAAAUAUGGGCUAAAUCCUCCGAACGAUACAUCGCGCUGUAUAGACAUGAUCAUGUCUCAUUUGGAAAGGCAAGCCACGUCCGAUCUACAAAAAAGAGAAACGCGUGCCGCCACUAAAACUAAGGCGAUGCAAUCAACAGUCGCAGUAACGACGCCGACAGGAUCAUCUGAUUUAUCUCAAAUAUGUGCUUGGAUGGCAGAACAAAUGCGUAUUCAGCAGGAAGAUAAGCAAGAACAAAGGCGUCUCCAGCAAGAACAAAUGCGUAUUCAGCAGGAAGAUAAGCAAGAACAAAGGCGAUUCCAGCAAGAGCUUAUGCGUCUCCAACAGGAAGAUAAGCAAGAGCAAAGGCGUAUCCAGCAAGAACAAAUGCGUCUUCAGCAACAAGAAAAGCAAGAACAAAUGCGUAUCCAGCAAGAGGAUAAGCAAGAACAAAGGCGUAUCCAACAAGAACAAACACUUAUUCAGCAAGAGUUUCAACGAGAACAAGCUCGAAACCAACAGGAACAGCAGCGGCAAAAUCAAGCUAUGAUGCAGCAGAUGGUCGAGUUAACUAAUUUGUCUCGUGAGAACUCUCAAAAUGGAAUACGUAAUAUUACAAGUGAAGACAAUGUUAUACGUGCGGAUCCCGAUAGUUCAAUUACACGUCGCCAGCCAAUUUCGUCAGCGACCGCACACGCUGUUAAAUUGUUGACGACUCAAAUUCCUGAAUUUGCCGGAACAGAAGAAGAAAAGAUAGAAACAUGGAUUCAGACUGGAGAGAGAAUUGCACAAAUCCAUGCAGUUUCGGAUGAUGUGUUACUCUUAGCAGCCUCUAGUAAACUCGUCAAAAAUGCCAAAAGAUGGUUUGAUCUCAAUGUAACAACGUUGAUCGAAUCAUGGCAGAUAUUUAAAGAAGCCAUAAUACGUCGAUUUAAAAGGAAGAUAUUGUUUCAUGUGGCUAUGCAAAAAGUUGAAGCAAGAAGAUGGAAUUUUCCAAAAGAGCAAUUCCAAGAUUACGCCAUGGACAAGUUAGAGCUGAUGAAAAAUCUAAACUUGCCAGAAGAAGAUGCCAUUCAUCUACUUAUUAAUGGUGUCGGAAGCCGAUCGUUGAGAGAAACAGCAGCGGCGUUUCAUUGUGCAACAGUUGAAGAAUUCCUGGAAGAAAUGCAACGGAUAACAUCGGUGUCAGCCGAGCCCACUAGAAAGGUUCUUCAUCAAGAGGUCAAAAAUGAUAAGGUGAAAAAUAGUGAGGACACAGUUCCUAAAGAUAGCUCAGUGUCAAAAUCGGACAAAGAUGUGUUUUGUGUUUAUUGCCGGGCAAAAGGUCAUGUCCGAGCUGACUGUUACAAGUUAAAAAAGAAGGAGCAAUCACCACUUGUGGUAACUGCCAAACCAGCAUCAGUGGUAUCUGCAGUGGAAGAAGACGUUCAGGAGAUGGAGAUUGCGACAGUGAAUGAAGAUUCCGAAGUAGCUACUACAGAAGAAAUUAAAGAUAAAUCUGAAGAUAUACUGUCAUUAUUGCAAGAUGUCGAUACUAAUUGUAAUGAAUCAAAUAAACAAGAAUUAGAGUUUGAGGAUAAUGAUAAUGAUGUUGCGUAUCUAGAACCAAUGCCUCUUGAAAGAGAGCUAGAAUAUAAGCAGUUGCGUGAUAUUAAGUUAAAGAAUAUUGCGGAAAAAUUAGAAGUUGAGGAUAACGAAAAAUUUACAUUAAUAGAUGGACUUGUCUUUCAUAAAGGAAAGGAUAAACCUAGAUUUGUAAUUCCAGAAGUUAUGAUAAAUAACAUUAUUCGGAUAUAUCAUGAUGAUAAGGCGCAUUGCGACGUUAACAAAACCUUCCAAGUGAAGGCUUCUCCUUCAAAAUUACUUUUUGGUUAUGAGCAACGUGGUCACUCGGAUAAUGAGUUGGUUAAAAAUUUAACUCAAUUAGCAGAAAUUGAAUUAAAAGUAUCGGAUGAACAAGAUAUCGCUAAUGAAUUAGCUGUAGAAAUGACUGAUGAAAUAAAAGAUUAUAAUAAAGCCAAUUAUGAUAAACAAUAUAAGAAACCAACUCAGUAUAAAGAGGGAGAUUACGUUAUGAUAAGAGAUACUGCGGUAAAACCCGGAGAAGAUAAGAAGUUAAAGCCAUGUUAUAAGG